CAAGUGCUCGGCGGCAAGGAUCGCUUUGGCCCGGCCCGGCCCGCACGGCGCUGGGCGCGGAGAACGGCCAUGCCGCCGCGGCGCAGUAUCGUGGAGGUGAAGGUGCUGGACGUGCAGAAGCGGCGCGUGCCCAACAAGCAUUAUGUCUAUAUCAUCCGAGUCACGUGGUCCAGUGGCGCCACGGAGGCCAUCUACCGGCGCUACAGCAAGUUCUUUGACCUCCAGAUGCAGAUGUUGGACAAGUUCCCCAUGGAAGGAGGACAGAAAGACCCCAAGCAGAGGAUCAUUCCAUUUCUGCCAGGCAAAAUCCUCUUCCGCCGCAGCCACAUCCGGGACGUAGCAGUCAAACGCCUGAUACCAAUUGAUGAGUAUUGUAAGGCCCUGAUCCAGCUGCCGCCCUACAUCUCUCAGUGUGAUGAGGUUCUGCAGUUUUUCGAGACAAGACCUGAGGACCUGAAUCCUCCCAAAGAGGAGCAUAUCGGGAAGAAGAAAUCAGGGAAUGACCCGACCUCAGUGGACCCUAUGGUCCUGGAGCAGUAUGUGGUGGUGGCAGACUAUCAGAAGCAGGAGAGCUCAGAGAUCAGCCUCAGUGUGGGCCAAGUAGUGGACAUCAUUGAGAAGAAUGAGUCAGGUUGGUGGUUCGUCAGCACUGCUGAAGAGCAGGGCUGGGUCCCUGCAACCUGCCUGGAAGGCCAGGAUGGCGUGCAAGAUGAGUUCUCCCUCCAGCCUGAGGAAGUGUCCUGGAGAUACUGCUCUCUGCCCCGGUCUGUGGGUCGCCGCCGGACUCUGGGGGACUUGUAUGCCAUCAGCUGGCAUCAAGAGGAGAAGUAUACGGUCGUCUACCCAUACACAGCUCGUGACCAGGAUGAAAUGAACCUAGAACGAGGAGCCGUGGUGGAGGUCAUCCAGAAGAACCUGGAGGGCUGGUGGAAAAUCAGGUUCCAGGGCAAAGAGGGCUGGGCCCCUGCUUCCUACCUAAAGAAGAACAGUGGGGAGCCCUUGCUCCCAAAGCUGGGCCCCAGCUCACCUGCUCACUCGGGUGCCCUCGACCUGGAUGGUGUUUCCCGACAUCAGAAUGCUAUGGGCAGGGAGAAGGAGCUGCUGAACAACCAGAGGGAUGGCCGGUUUGAAGGUCGCCUGGUGCCUGAUGGUGAUGUUAAGCAGAGAUCACCAAAGAUGAGACAAAGACCCCCUCCUCGCCGGGACAUGACCAUUCCUCGAGGCCUCAACUUGCCGAAGCCCCCCAUCCCACCCCAGGUGGAAGAAGAGUAUUACACCAUCGCCGAGUUCCAGACCACCAUCCCAGAUGGCAUCAGCUUCCAGGCCGGCCUGAAGGUGGAGGUGAUUGAGAAGAGCCUAAGUGGCUGGUGGUACAUUCAGAUGGAAGAUAAGGAGGGGUGGGCCCCAGCGACCUUCAUUGACAAGUAUAAGAAGACCAGCAGUGCCUCGAGGCCCAACUUUCUGGCGCCCUUGCCCCACGAGAUGACCCAGCUCCGGCUCGGGGAUGCAGCUACAACAGAGAACAAUACGGGUCCAGAAGCCGUGGGGCCCUCCAGACCCCUGCCUGAGGCACCACACGGUGCUGUGGACUCUGGGAUGCUCUGGUCCAAAGACUGGAAAGGAGGAAAGGAGGCCCCAAGAAAGGCAUCUUCAGACCUGUCUGCGUCAACAGGAUAUGAGGAGAUCUCAGACCCCACCCAGGAGGAGAAGCCCAGCCUCCCCCCACGCAAAGAGUCCAUCAUCAAAUCUGAAGAGGAGUUGCUGGAGAGGGAGAGACAGAAGAUGGAGCCGCUCCGGGGCUCCUCCCCCAAACCACCUGGCAUGAUAUUGCCGAUGAUUCCAGCCAAGCAUGCCCCGCUGGCCCGGGACAGCAGGAAGCCAGAGCCCAAACCUGACAAGAGCAAGUUCCCACUGAGAAAUGACAUGGGGUUAGAGUGUGGCCACAAGGUGCUGGCCAAGGAAGUGAGAAAACCCAACCUCCGGCCCAUCCCCAGGUCUAAAGCUGAGCUGUCUGAGGAGAAGGCGGACCCCACCUCCCAGAACCUGUUCUUGAAGUCUAGACCUCAGGUUAGACCCAAACCAACUCCUUCCCCCAAGACAGAGCCAGCUCAGAGUGAAGACCAUGUGGAUAUCUACAACCUCAGGAGCAAGCUCAGACCUGCCAAGUCUCAAGAGAAAGCCUUAUUGGAUGGAGAAAGCCACCAUGCUGCUGGAAGCCAUGACACAGCCCUCAGCAGAAGCUUCCUUCCCGGGGAGGGACCUGGCCGUGGCCAGGACAGGUCUGGCAGACAGGAUGGGCUGAGUCCAAAGGAGACACCCUGCAGAGCCCCUCCCAGGCCAGCCAAGACCACAGACCCUGGGCCCAAGAAUGUGCCUGUGCCUGCGUCUGUGCCUGCGCCUGCGCCUGUGCCUAUCCAAGAAGCAACCCAGCAAAGACCUGUGGUCCCACCUCGGAGACCCCCACCCCCCAAGAAAACCUCCUCGUCACCACUGUCGUGCAGGCCCCUCCCGGAGGUCAGAGGGGCACAGCGUGAAGAAAGCAGAGUCACUCCUGCCGCAGGCCGGGCCCUCCUUGUCCCUCCGAAAGCCAAACCCUUCCUCUCUAACUCCUCAGUGGGCCAAGAUGACGCACGAGGCAAAGGUGGGCUGGGGCCACGCGUCGCUGGCAAGGUGGGAGACACCAGAGAGAAGGCGGCUUCCUUCCUCAAUGCCGAUGGCCCAAAGGACUCACUGUACGUGGCUGUGGCCAACUUUGAAGGAGACGAAGACACCAGCAGCUUCCAGGAAGGGACGGUGUUUGAAGUCCGGGAGAAGAACAGCAGUGGCUGGUGGUUCUGCCAGGUCCUCAGUGGGGCUCCUUCCUGGGAAGGCUGGAUUCCUUCCAACUACCUCCGGAAGAAACCCUAGCUUCCCCGCCCUGCCGGGAGACCCAGCAGUCCCUGCUGGCCUCCCCCACGUAUUUAAUACUCAUCUUAAUUUAUCAGUCUCCACAUCAUUUCGAGGAAGGUGGCCGUUGGGGUGUGGUGGCUCCUUUCCCUCAGAAAAUGUGGAAAAUACUUGGUGCAGAGAUGUCCUGUAGCCUGGGGUCUGAUUCUCCUGUUGUGGCAUCUCCAGAAGUCUCAAAAGCCACAGCCAUUACCAUCCUUGUGUAUAGUAGAACCCAUCCUCAUAGGCGACAUCUUUUUGUCCAGAAGCAGGACAGUGACACAGACCUCCAGAACUGACACUGGUCACCUGGAAGACUUCCAGACCACCCUCAGUGCUCAAUUGUGGCAUAGAGGGACAGCCCCACAGCCUGUGACAACUCGCUCUAACUUCUCCAUGUUACCAGAAGCCCAGUCAUGACUUGGUUCAUUGUUCCCAGAAUACCUGGUGCCAGGAAGAACCGAGUCCCAAAAGAAUCAGCGUCUGGGGUUUCUUCUUCUAAGUCCCAAGCAGAUGCAGCUACCCUAGAGAUCCACUCGGUUAUCCUGCCUUGGACCGUGAGGAGCACGCUUCACUUCACUGCUAAAGCCUCUGGUCCAUCUGGGGCUUUUAAAUUCCAGUUCUCACCCACCUCCCUCAGGCCCUAGAACAAGAGUCUCCUCGUUUGUUUAAGGAAGGGGCCAGCCCUUCACAAGGCACACGGUCCAUGUACCUCUUUGUACUGCCUUCAUGUUCUGUCAACCAGCCUCCCUCCCCUGUCUAUUGCACCCAUUUUCUAGAUGAGAAAAAUGAGGUUCUAGGGCUGCAGGACAUGCUAGCUAGGCGGUGGCUGGAGAAGGCUGGAGACCAGGUCUGCCUGAUGCCAGUGCCCUGCAAAAACAACCAGAGAGGGAAGAGAUGGAGAUUGACUGGGUAUCAGCAUAGGUGGCCUGGGGGCUUCCUUAUGUUAUAAGCAAAGGGACGGUAGUGACUGCCCUGGACUCACAGCUGUUUCUGCAGGACAGGGUGUACCCUGGAUCCUUAGUAGCAGGUACAGAGCUUACAGCCUGAUACCCUGUGUGUGGAAGAGAAAUAAAGGAAGCCGAGGCACUGUCCCUCCAGUGGCUAAGGACCAGCAGCUGGGUCUGUGCCACACUGAGAGCAGUAGCCAAGGGCCUGUGGUCUCCUGCCCAGCAGCAGCUGCUGCUCUGUGUAGAACAGUUCACUUUUUAGCUCUUGCCCUGGGAGAAGCCCAGGGUAGCCCUUCCCUAUUUUGACCAAUAGACAGCUAAGGCCUGGAAAGGUCCACUUAGUUAUUGCAGAGCUAAAAUCAGGACCCAGAUUUUCUAGCUCCCAGCCCAGACCAACUUAUACCUUUGAAUGGGCUUCCUGUGAAAGAGGGGUAGGGUUGGGAGGGCAGAGCUCCAUCCAAUCCCUCAGUCCCUACAGAAGAGGGGACAGCCCUAUCCGGUUCUACACUUCCCCAGUGUUCAUUUUUAGUGUGGUUUGGAAACUACAAAACCCCCUUUCCCAAGAUGCUUGCAUCUUACUUGCAGUGCCAAAGAUUUUGUGCAAGGGGAUCCUUUCUGCACCCCACCCCUGCCCAGCCCUCUCUGCUUUCCUCUGGCCCACCUGGUGCUGUCACUCUCUUCCUCUGUUCAGCCUGCAGUCCCCCACGAUCCCCCAGCACUGGACCUGGGUAGGAGGCCCCUGAAGGAUGUUCCUGCUUAGUCUGUGCCGUGGACCUCAGGGGAAAGCAGUUAGGGAGAGGGGAGGCUGAGAGUCUUCAGCUCUGGAGCAGCACUUGAGAGCCUCAUGCCCACACCCACACGGUGUAGGAAGCCUCAUGGCUUUCUAUUUGUUGGUGGUUUUUGAGUUUCGACACCUUCGCUUGACCAGCUUUCUGAAGCUGUUUUACAGGCCUUUGGUUGUUGCUGUUGCUAUUCUGUUUUGUUUUUCCUGCUUGCAUUUGGCCCUCUGUAACCUUCUCAAGUAUUUUACAAGUCCCUUCUAUGCCGCAGAUGCUGGGUAGACCGGGGAGCGGGGAGGGGGCAUCACCCUGCACUGAAGAACUGAGCUCUGCCUACUAGCUCCAGUGGAGAAGUCAUCUGCCUUCUUCCCUCCUCUCUGGGGUUUGCUGAGGCAGAGCAGACAGGCCUUCCCGUGGGCAACGAGAGAAUUUGCCUUUUGUCCUAUCCUUGUGCUGACGUGAACUGUAUGUGUGGCCAGUGCCCUCUCUGUUCACUUUCUUUUUCUUGGGUCAGAUGCAUAGCCUGAAGGUUUCAGUGACAAGCUCCAUAGGCCAUAGUGCUUUAUCACUGCCCUGGGCAACUGGAAGCGAGUGGGUCUGCAGAGCCAAGUCACUCACCCAAUUUCCCUGGCCUAGGACUUACCUUUUCAACAUCCAGGACUGUGGUCACUCCUCUCAGGGUGGAGCAUAUGCCAGACUCCCCCUGCCCCCCAUCCCUGCCUACUUCCAAGGCCAGGGUAGCAAUAUCUGGGCCAAUCACAGAUCAGAUCACCAACACAAAUGUGUGCCCCUCCCUUGCAACUAACAUUCACAUCAGCUCUGUUGAUGUGAUGGCAGGGACCACUUCAGUACAUAAUGGGAAAGUUAAGGUAUGGAGAGUGAAGUCACAUCCUACCUUGUCCAGCUACAGGCCACCUGCAAAGAAAUGUUACAGUUCUUGCUGGCAAUCCAGUGACCCAGUCUCUGAAUUUAGGUGUCUCUCCCACAAUUCCCUGACCAAACAUUGGUCACUGGACAGAUGGCCCCUCCUGGAUGGACCCUGCUCGCGGGUUCCAUGGCUGCACUGUUUCUGCCUGAGAGUAGGUGUAGCACCCUGGCCUCUGGAAACCCAGGCUUGAAGACAGCCAUUGCUAGAUGGAGACUGCUUAUAUUUUCUGGCCAGAGUCACUCUUGGCCAUUUAUGUUAAUACCAUGGCCCCAGGCUGAGGCCAGGGGAGGCCUCUGCUCCAGUUACUUCAUGUCCUGCCAGGAAAUGCCAAGAGUCAUGCUAGGUGUCCACAGUUGGGUUUUUUUUGUUGUUUUUGUUUUUGUUUUUUUUUCUUUGAGCCUCUGCCACAAACCGCCCCAUAGAGUUGAUUUCUAUGGCACAGUUCUUGACCAUAAACUGUUUCUGAACCCACUGGGGACUUGGGGAGUGGGUGGAAAGUGGGGACACAUGUGCUUCAGUAAAGAACAGGUGCCAAAUAUCCCCCAAGAACUUAAGACAGUCUAGUGUUUAUCGCCAAAUUCUGGCCCUUAGUGAGAAGAAGAAACUAACCAUCUAAGACGAGUGAUGUGGAGGUGUGGUGCAGCCAGAACGCAAUGACCCAAAUAUGUGGGCCCCAGGCUCCAUCCCCAGCAUCACAGAUAAACAAGAACCUGAAUGGCUUAGCUCCUGUCCUAUUGAGCCCAGGGCUCUUCAGUGUCGACAGUCCAUACCCUGGGAAGCCUUGCCAUUUCUUUGAACAGUGUGGCCAUCUCGGGCCCCUUCGGUGGCUGUCUAAACUUUCCUUCAGGGUUUUUCCUGUAUACUACAGACAGCCAUAUCCUACCACAGACCAAAGAUUCCCUGAAGUCAGAGGGGUGUGGACUGAAUGGGUAGGAAAUUCAUUUGUAUCAAGACCCAAGGGUUCACCUCUGCCUGGAGGAACUGCUCCUAACUUGCUACGGUUCUAGCAGCAGGGCUGACCUGACCCAACCAGACAACGGCUCACACUCCCCACCUGCUGAACAACCGUCCCCUGGACCAGACCUCCCUGCUCUGGGAGUGAUGCUUGGUCCCCGGUGCUAUCUAGUUGAGGUACCAAGCCCCUCAAAUGUGAGGGUUCCAUCUUCUUCCCUGUCUCUGUACUCCUCCCCCAAGUAAGCCCUCUUAGCUCCCAUCAGAAUGAGGGCUUAGCUUCUGUCCUUCAAAAGACCAGACCCGGUGCCAUGCCAGUGGCCUUCCCUCUCACCUCUGCUUUUAAGAGCAAAGGUACCCCGCCAGGCCUACUACAGCAAUAAACAAUUCUAGUGCAAUGGAGGUGCCUGGAUUAUGCCUGCAAUGCCUUUGUGCCCUGUAAUUACUAGUAGCAUCUCUCUUACAUACCAGGGAGUGUUAUAAACUGUGGUCACCUUAGCCAUACGUGGUUUCCGUUUUGGGGCCACUGAGGUUGCUUCUAACAUCCCUCUAGAAGCAGUGGGCUCUAGACAGUGUGGCCCACUGUAUUCAUGUGCCCACAUCUGGUGCUGGGGACCCCUGGGUUCUCAGCCCUUCUCACACCCCCUAGGCCAACUGACAGGUCCUGGUAGUGGCUUUUAUCUCCCAUGAGUGUUUAAUGAGAGGGGGUAGGGGGUGAACACCUAGCUGUAGCAUGUAGAGACUGUAUACCAUUAGUCUUUUCUUUUUUUAAAAUAAAAUGCUUGACUGGUUUCAAGCUCCAUUGUAAAGAUGGAGUGUUUGUGGAUUUCAUCUGGCUG